CGCUGCCCUAGGUUUUUUAAAAUUGAAAUUGAAAAUUAUAUUCUCAGAAACGAAACCCUUUCUCGUUCUUUCUCUAUUCUUCCAAAACGAAACCCCUUCUCCACAACCAAAAAUCUGCUGAGAAAGCAUUGUUCUUCAUCUUCAUCUUCUCCCAAAACUAAAAACCCUUUCAACGAUUCUCCCAUUGAUUUCGCCGUUUCUUCUCCCAAACGAUAAACCUCAGUUCUAAAUCAUUGAAAAACCCUUCUGAAUCUCACGAAAUAGCUUUUGAAUCCUUGAAAAACCCCAAAUUCGGACACAGCUUGGCUUGGCUUUGUUCUCCCCUCACUUCUUCUUCGGCAUUAGAGGAAUAUCUUUGUUAGGGGUUACUUGUGAAGAGUGAAGUUCGAUUCGUUUCCAAGAAUCUUACAGUGUGUGUUUCUAGAAGUUGCCGACUUUCUCUACAGUUAUAAUUCCAUGGAUAAAAAAUGGAUGAAUGCCAAUCGAUUGUCAAAAGAGUACGAGAAUGGGGUAUUGGAAUUCGUUAAGUUUGCUGUUGAACACGUCAAAGACGCCGGUCGAAUGAAAUGUCCUUGUUUGGGUUGUUGUUAUGGGGGUCGGGUUGAUGCAGAUGGAUUGAAAUCGCAUUUACUGACGCAUGGGAUUGAUCGAAGUUAUAAGUGUUGGAUAUAUCAUGGUGAGAAAAUUAACGAGAAUGUUGAACCGGUGGAGAAAAGUAAUACGACGACCUAUGCUCCAGACGACAAUGACACGGAUACAUACGAUUGUGAUCGAGUCGAAGAGAUUGCAGAAGCACUUGAAGAAGAUCUUAAGGACUGUCCCAAAAGGUUUGAGAGGUUGGUAAGCGAUGCAGAGAAACCGCUGUAUAAAGGUUGCAGUAAAUUCACAAGACUGUCUGCGUUAACAAGGGAGAGUAGUUCUGAAACAUUUGUUCCACCACAUGUUUCGUGGAAGGAAGCCCGUGUGGGAAAGGAUGGAGUUGUCAAAGAAGAUGUUCAAAAAGUUUUUGAAAAAUGCGAGACUUUAUCUCAGUCUAUAUCUCCAGAUGAAGACAAUGAUUGCAGGAGCAUACUUAGUCGCGCAUUAGAUAUUCCUGAAUAUUCUGGCCGAGUGAGGGGUAAGGGAUUUGGAAUCACUCCAACAUCCUUGAAGAUGAAAAAACAGAAGGCUCCUAGCAAUAGAGAAUUGCAGGAAACCUUGUAUGCACUACAAGCUGAAGUCCGCGAAUUGAAAAGGGAAAAAGAAUUAAGAGAGCAAGCUUCAGGUUGUAAAGCUACUAGUGACAAAGGUAGUAUCAGUUGUAAUUUUCAACCGGAUCUUCCAGAGGGCAUUUCACCUUGUCAACUCUACUUAUCGUCACCGACUUAUCGGAUGGUUGGAAAGGGAAAAGUGCAUAACACUUUAGGAGAAUUACUUCACACUAGACCGUUCCCUACUGGCUGUUUGAAAGUAUCAGUUGACACUGCUUUAGAGAAGGAUGCGUUAUUACCGCAUCCUGACGAUUUUUCGGAUGCCACAUUGGUGGGAGAUGCAAUAGGUUCGUUUGUUGCAUGGCCGUCAAGCCUAAUUAGUGUAGAUGAUGAGACUCCAACAAAAUCCAAAGCAAAAGACAAGGAGCCUCCACGGAAAAUCGAGUCAGUUGCAUCAAUAAAAGAGACUGAGGAGUAGCGGCUUAGCUGAUUCGGUGAGGAUAGCUCUUAGAGUUCAUCCAUGAGUCGUGUCGGUCAUGCUCUGAUUGUAACACUGGGGAACGCUAGUUUAGAGACGAAUUACUUUGUUGGUUUUGUUGUUUUAUAAUUGUAUUGGAGUAACUUGCAUGGAUGAUGAAUAUGCAAUGUUAUGAAUAAUAAUCCGCUGUGUUGAACAUGAAUUGUGUUUUAUGUUAAAUUGUUCCUCGUGUGGCAUGACAAUUGACUAUGGUAUUUUAUAUUAAAGUAAUUGUGAUACCCUUGUAUUUCAUGUUUACUCUGAAUUAUAUGAUUAUUUUCCGCGGGGUUUUUGAAGGGUGUUACAAUAGUGGUAUCAGAGCAUAGUCGGUCGUUGUGACCAGAGUCUUGUUAAUUUUUCCUUUCGGUAUGUGACAUGUGUGUGAAACACUGUCGGUACUCAGUGUGUUCUAACUGUUUGCCUACAGAAGUGGGAUUGAAACUAGUGGGGGAGAAGCUAUGCUUCUCGGAUAUGUCUCAGAUGCAAGAUGUUAGCGUGAUGCGAAGGGUAGCAGUACAAGAGUGGUAGAGGUUAUCGAUGUUGUUGAGAACGUUUUGAAGCGCGAGUAGUGCGAAGAGACGAGUAUGAUCUUAAGGAUAAGAAGGUUGAUGAUGGCGUACAUGAGUUUGGUUUCUUGAUGUUGCAGAAAUCGCACUUCGGCGAUGGGAUGUGUUGCUCAAGUUAUAAGAAUGUUUGGAAGUGAAGAGAUAUGAUAAGGAGUUGUUUAGAAUGUGAUUGAUUUGAAGAGGAUA